CAAGGAGAUGAUCCACCUCUCCAGCAAAGAGUCGUCCAGGAGGAUCUGCUUCCAAGUGCUGCCUUCCUACCUGCUGGCUGGGCAGGGCAUGGUGACAGCCGGUAUGCUGCUGGACCGGGUGCAGGUGCUUGGUUUGGUAGCGUGCCCAUGUUCUAAACGUUCCAAGGCUGUCUAGUGUGACGUGUGGAUGUGGAGGUCACGAUGACAAAAGCAUGCCUGGGGUGGCCGUGCCCUGACUAAAGAAUAAACAAGUCUCUGUGAUAAGCAUUGAGGAGGGACAGAGAGCUGCCGCAGCUUCAGUCAGAAGCUACGUUUACUUGUCAGCGUCCAGAAGGAUGAUGGUGCGUGCAUGCGGGAAGCCCCUGCUGGUUGAUUCUAUCCACCAGUCGGAAGUGCCCUCUAACGCACUGGGAGGUGUUUAGAGAGAUCUCAGAGGUUUUUAUAUUAGUGCCUGCUCUGGUGGGGCUGAAGGGGAAUCUGGAGAUGACACUGGCUUCCAGACUGUCAACCGUGGCCAACACCGGGCAGCUGGAUGAGGCCCAGCAGCGAUGGAGGAUGGUGUUCUCUAACCUGGCUCUCAUUCAGGUGCAGGCCACGGUGGUGGGACUCCUGGCCGCGGUUGCAGCCGUGGCUCUGGGCUGUCUGACCAGAGGACGAGUGGACGCCAUGCAGGCUGCUAUCCUGUGUGCUAGCAGCGUCACGACUGCUGUCGCCGCCGCCCUCUCUCUAGGUUUAGUGGUGGUGGCAGUGAUCCUCGCAUCCAGGAAGGUGGGGAUCAACCCAGAUAAUGUGGCCACACCCAUCGCCGCCAGCCUGGGAGACCUCGUCACCCUAUCGCUACUUGCUGGAGUCAGCAGCUUCUUCUUCAGCUACAGAGACAUGUGGUACCUGCCACCCCUGCUGUGUGGAUUCUUCCUGCUCCUCACCCCAGCCUGGGUCUUUGUUGCCAGCCACUCUCCACCAAUCAGAGAGGUCCUAAAGUCAGGCUGGCAGCCUGUUAUUUUGGCCAUGUCUAUCAGCAGUAUUGGGGGUCUGAUUCUGGAUAAAACUGUGAGUAAUCCAGACUAUGAAGGAAUGGCGGCUUUCACUCCGGUCAUCAACGGCGUAGCAGGAAAUCUAGCAGCCAUCCAGGCCAGCAGGAUGUCGACGUACCUCCAUUACUGGAGUGUUCCUGGAGCUCUUCCACCUAAGAUGAGUGCUGGCUGUCCUGGACCGUGUGCCACAUUCUGCUCCUCAGAUGUGAACUCCAAGUCCGCCAGAGUCCUGGUCUCCUUGGUGGUGCCGGGUCACCUGCUCUUCUUGUACACGGUGCAGCUGCUGCAGGGGGGCCCCGCUGCCAUGACAUCCGCCUUCAUCAUCUGCUACCUCUCUGCUGCUCUGCUUCAGGUGGCGAUUCUGAUCUACACCGCUGGUCUGAUGGUGCAUUGGCUGUGGCGUCGGGGCCUGGAUCCAGACAACUACUCCAUCCCCUACCUGACGGCUCUGGGGGACCUGCUGGGGACGGGUUUCUUGGCUCUUAGCUUCAGGCUGGUUAUGAUGUUCUGAUCUACUGACACUGGAGUCUGAUGUUUUCAGUUUGUAGACCUAUGGAUGAGCAUUAUUUAAGUGGAUGAAUCCAGUUAACUACUGAGCUUCAAAAAAUGAGGCAUUAGCUAUUGUCCUUCCAUGACUUUACUUGAAUAAGUCCAACUAAAACAGUUACAUUUUAGGAAAAUAUACAUCAGAAUGAGUAGAGGACAUGUUGGGAGUUUAGCUCAUAAUCUGUAAAACUGCUGGUAGACAAACACAGAAACAGCAGACUUUAAUAAACAGCUACAGGUAUAUAAACCCUGGAACUGAAGCUAAUAUAUGGAAUAUUGCCCUGGAGGGACAGGUCUGAAGGAAAAACACUCAUGAGCACAUUUGGGACCAUGAGUUGAUUGUUUUUGGUGGAACAAUGUUUCUUAGCAAUAAACCGUGUGUUUUGAAAUCC